AUGGCCUCCAUCCUCCGCAAAAUCUUCCGCAAGAAGAAGAACCCACCCCUCAAGUGCGAAAUCUCCCUCGACGGCCAACCCAGCUUGAUGGAAUCCGACCCUAACCACAAGCACACCGCCGCCUGCUUCAUUGACUUCACACCCCUCAGCGUCCUCGAGCUCUUCCAAUCCCAAGGCUGCGUCUCCUGUCCCCCCGCCCUCCCUAAGAUCCAAGCCGCCGCCGCCAAAGACCCUAACCUCCUCCUCCUAACCUACAACGUCACCUACUUCAACAACUCCACCGGCUGGACCGACACCUUCGCUAGCAACCAGUGGGAUGCGCGCCAGAAAGCGUACGUGAAGAAGUGGGGCCGCGAUGGGCUGUUUACGCCGCAGGUCAUCGCUGAUGGCAUCACGGAUGGGACUGGCGCAGAGGAGGGCGAUGUGUAUGGGAUUGUCGAGGCGGCAAGGGGUUCGAAGGGCGCGAUGGAGUGGCAUAUUACGCUGGAUGUGUCGGAGCUGGGCUUGAGGAUUGAUACUGAUCUGCAGGAGGCGGAGGUGCAUGAUGUGCUGGUGAUUAGGUAUGAUCCGAAGCUGCAGACGGUGAAGCCGAAGAAGGGACCGAAUAAGGGCAAGAAGCUUAAGCAUGUCAAUCAGGUAAUGCAGGUCAUGAAGGUGGGGGAGUGGCGCGGGGGGAAUUUGGAUGUGGUGUUGCCGGAGAUGGCGGGGAUGAUGGGAGAUGGACUCGAGACGGUGGCGGUGGUGCAGCAAGGGGCUGGUGGACCGAUUGUGGUUGCGCAGAAGGUCUAG